CAUUGUUGUGCGGGAAAACAAGCUUGAUGCGCGAUUUCUGUCUGUUGAGUCUCAAGUCAGCCCUUGAAGGCAUCGUCGGUAAUCAUACCAGGAGAGAAGAGAAGCCUUUUUGUUGACCCAUUGGGGGAAAGAAAAACAAGCAUCAAACGCUGCCUGGACAUUACAAGCUGCACCCUGUACAGGUCACCCCAGUGGAUCACCUGCUUCUAUCUCUCACAAUCCAAAGCAUCCUCUUCUGUCACACCAAACCUCUGCAUGUCACCCUUCACUACAUCCAUGGACAUUCUCUGUGAUCUUCCUUCCUCUUCAUCAUCCUUUGCCCACUUUAUAUACUUUAUAUAGAAGGUUUUCCUAGUGUCUCAUAACACUUACUUUUCACUCUUGCUGAUAUCCUUCUGUCAUAAAUUGUUUCACUUGUUUCCACCCACUCUGCCCAGCCUACACUCUCUUCUUUACCUCUGGUGUGCAUUCUCUAAUGCAUUGGCUGUUUUACCCCAGGUUAAAGUCAUCUACCAUUACUAACUCAGUGCCUUGCAUCUUCUCUGUUACACCUGCCUCCCCCAAUGGAUACACAUGAAUUGUGUCUUGCUGCUACUGAAUUUCAUUCCUCCUCUCUAGAACAUGUCCCCUCCUCUCCAGGCUCACUUGUAACAGUUUAACUUUCACUAAAGAUCACAAAGUCAUCUGCAGCCAUCACUCGAUGGAGACCGCUGCCUGGCCUCAUCUUUUAACUUGUCCAUCACAAUGGUCCUUCAUGAGACAUAGAGGACUUAAUCCGUCCAGAUGGGCAUGUGACACACUGCCCCACCCCAAACAACUGGACGCAGUUUCAUGUGGGGCCUAUGUAUUGAAGUUCGCUGAGUGCAUCUUGGCUGAUGUUCCAGUAGAGUUUGAUAACUCAGCCUCAGGUGUCACUGCCAUAAGACACCAUAUCGCAAUCAGUCUUCUUGAAAAUACAGAUGACCUGACUGACCUCUGCCACUAUUGUGGCAACCGAGAUGGUGACAAUCACUGGAUCGGCUGUGAUGCUCGCCCACGGUGGUACCACAAAAGUUGCGUGAAGAAGCCCCGCAUGAGCAAACACAAAAAGUUUUUUUGCAAAGCAUGCCAGUAAACGGUUCAGGGUUUCUGGGUUUAAAAUAUUGUUCGAGUGUCCUCAGUGUCCCUGUUUUAGAUUUGUUAGUUUAUGUUAUGGUCCUGGGCCAUUUGCCCAGUGUUUUGUUCUUUUAGGUUCUGUUUUCAUUUGAGAGAUUCUUGUGUUGUUUCACAGUUUUCAUGGGGUUUUGAUUCUUACUUCAUUAUAGGUUUUAGGCCCUAUUAUUAGUAAUAGUUAUUUAAAUUGAAUAUAUGUUCUGUGUUGUCUUCUUUGCAUCUUGUACUCUAGUGUCUGUCUUGUUCCUCUGUGUCUAAGCUCCUUGCCUCUUGUGUUUUUGUAUCCAGUUUUAUUCCCAGUGUUGUGUCACAUCUGCGUCUGUCUUUGUAUUGAGUUUAUUCCCGUUUUACUUGGCUACUCUGUCCUGUCUGCCUUCUAUUUAGGAAAGUUCAUGGUCCUAUCUUGUUUAAUUAUUCCCAGCAAUGACUCCACCUGUUCCCGAUCCUCUUGUUAUCCUGUGUCUGUAUUUCAGUCCUCAGUCUGUGUCAGUUCUUUGUCGUGUUGUCAGCUGUUACCCACUCUGCUCCUUAGUUUAUGUUGAGUGCUGGCACCCAUCCAGCCCCAGUUUAUUGGUGUUCAGUAUUGCUUGUUGUUCCCUAAAUAAACAUUGCUAAGUUCA